AUGCGGGAACUUGGAGAGGGCGGGGAUGGGGGCAGGGAUGGGGGCGGGGAUGGGGAUGGGGGCGGGGAUGGUGGCGAGGAUGGUGGCGAGGAAUCCUCAUCAACAACAUCAUCUUCAAAAUCAUCAUCAUCAACAUUAACGAUAACAUCCACAUCAACAUCAACAUCAACAUCAACAUCAACAUCAACAUCAACAUCAACA